UGGAGGGGCACCUUUCUCUGCAUUAAUACACAUACCAAAACCAAUGCAAUAUUAUAUUGGUCUCUCCACACGAGUAUAUUAAAAGCGUAAUGCCGUAUAAUGUGACUUGAAAAAAAAAUUAAACGUGCGAAGACACCAGGAAGAAUUUGGGACAAUAUGAAUUCCUUGAGGUCUUUAAUUGGAAAGUAAUGGAAUUCGGUCGCUCUGAGAUAAACGCCUCAAUAUUCAUUAAGUUCCUGUCUUGAAGAAGAUCUGGAGAUGGGCAUUUGGCGAACGUCCAGUUGAAGAUUCAAGUCUUGUGUCCUACUUGAAGAACUUUCACUUAUACGUUCUGGCGUAAGAGACCCCAGAAACGAAAGGGAAAAACUCUCAUAGUGAGUUGCGAAUUAAAUUGUUCCCUUGAGAUGCGUAUAAUUGGAGCAGGCGAUAACUUUGUUGGAAUAUUACAUAGUAUGUUUCUCUGCGGUUAGAUAUAAAAAAAAAUAAAUACUAGAAGUGCACCAAUAUAUGGAAGAUAUUGCAUUAUAUACAUAUAUCUGAAUAGCCUGAUUCUCAUGAAAGUCCAAAGCGUAACAGCAGAUGCUUUGAUACCAAAGAUUGACGAUACUUUUUCCAUAAGGUGUAAAUGUGUGUGGUUCGUUAAACCUGUAUGAGCUAACGUAACUGUUCUGUUGAAGAGUGAAAGUGGUGUGUAAAGUGGAACAUGUACUGAAAGUAUAAGUACACACAUACACAUUUACAAAAAUGUCUUCUGAACAGUGCAAAUGUGAUACUUGUAUAAAAGUCCGACAUAAUAUUGAAGAAAUAUUUCGUAUACUUGAUAUUUACGGCUGGUUACUGGAUUCCUAUAUAGUGGAUUUUUUCUUAGACGAUUUAUGGAGCAAAUUACCAGGAGAGUGGCAAAAUAUGUUGGAUUCUGUGACACCGGAAGAAUUAGGAAAAUGGAUUUCAGGUGAUGAUGAUAAAUCAUGUAAACGAGUUUGGCCUUUGUCGUUGAUUGCUCUGAGACAAGUUAUUAAGAAGUUGGAAAUUAAUAGGAACCAUAAUGAAAGGGAAGUCAUUAAAUGUCAUAGAAGAGAAAAUAAUCCAGCAAUAAAGGAAAUAGAUUCUUUAAAUUCAAGUUCAAAUAUAAACAAUCAUAAAUUUAAUAAGCUUUUUACGAAACACGUGAAAACGAAAAAACGUUACGAAAUUGAAAGAAUAACAAAGAUAUUAAAUUACUGUACUUUAAAAACAAAUUGUACUUGUGUUGUUGAUAUCGGUUCCGGAGUGGGACAUCUUUCUCGAGCACUUGCAUUUAAAUAUGGAUUAAAUGUUAUUUCCAUAGAGCAGGAUUCAACUUUAACGGAUCAAGCAAUAAAGUAUGAUAGAGAAUUGUCAGUGUCUUUGGAAAAAAAUAAUUUUGCCAUUAAUGGAAAAAUUGAUCAUGUUUCAAUGGCUAUUAAUGCAAACAAUUCUGGUGAACAGGUGAUAAAUGAUUUAAUAAAGAAUUUUGCUAAUGGAUCAAUUAAGAGAUUAAAAACAGAAGAAUUUGGGAUAAUUGGUUUACAUCCUUGUGGAGAUUUGGCAACUACACUUUUAAGAUUAUAUUCAUUAUCUGAAAAGGCAAAAUUUAUUUGCGUUGUUGGGUGUUGUUACAUGAAACUCACUCUUAGGAACGAUGAAAAUAAUUUGAAAGGAUAUCCGAUGAGUAUACAUGUUUCAUCAAUAGAUUCUAACAAAUUAUCUUUCAAUUCUCUCGAAGUGGCUUGUCAUUCUGUUGAAAAACAUUGUGAAAAACUAAAGAAUGGAAAUUAUAUGGAUUUAAUUGUACAUACAUAUAGAGCAGCCUUGGAAUAUGUUUUGGUUAAAAAAAGUCAUAAACUUCGUCGUAUACAAAUAAAAAGCGUAAAAGUUAAGGAAGGCAUGUCAUUUGAACAAUAUUGCAAACAUGCAAUAGAAAAUUUGGAACCAGAAAGUCAACCAGAAUUAUCGAAUUUUAUACAACCAAAAAUACGUGAAUUUUUGGAAAAAUCAAAAAGAGUAUUAAUUUUUAACUCACUUCGAUUAAUGCUGGCACCAUUAGUUGAAACAAGUAUUUUAUUAGAUAGAUUUUUAUUUCUUUCUGAAAAAGGUUUGGUUCCUUCAUUAAAGGCUGAAUUUGAUUGUAAAUUGUCACCAAGAAAUUUUGUACUUAUAUCAACAAAGUAAUUUAAAUAUCAACUAGAAAUUCAACAUAAUUCACGUUAUAUUUUUUAUAGAAUAUAAUAUUUAUAAAUAUUAUGUGAAUUAAAGUGAGAUAUAUAUAAGAA